UCACUAGAGAACACAAAGCAUUCACCGGCAUUCAUAGUUGGCAGAUGCAUCCAACGGCGACGACUAGGGUCAAAAGAUCCCAUUCAAGCAUAUAGAAGGAGAAAUAAACCUAAUGCUCAAUCACCAUUUUGUCACUGAUAUUUGUAAAGCUCUCCGCUCCUGAUUAAUGAGAGAAAGCUACUAUUCAAAGAUGCUAUGGCACCGUAAUCUGACCUAGAGCAACGAAUAAGACAAUUGAUGGAAUUGUCAUGCCCAAUGGCAUGAAUAAGAGGGUCUGAAAUAGAAUUAUCCCCAACAUGACGUAGAUCCAAAUCUAAAAGAAGCACCAUUUCCGCAGCCUUGCUCUGAUCUGGAUUCUCAACCUUGUGCUCUUCCUCACAAGAGGAUUGCAUAAAAUGAAGAGAGAAACUGAUCGGAAUAUAAGGAUAGUUAUUUGUGUUGUGUUUUCUCCGGUAGAAGAAGAAGAUUUGGGGUUUUCAAGUUUCAACCAAGGAUGGCAUUCUCUCAAAAAUCAUUAAAGUAAGCUAUGGCUUUUGCUUUGGGGCAUAAUCUUUUACACCUUUAUCUCUCUUCUUCUGCUCGUCUCUCUUUUUGUUCCGCUCUAUUUUCUUUCAACUACUUGAAAGAUACUCUUGAAGAAUAGAAAUUAAAUUGGGGUGGAGGGGUUUUAUCGACAAUUAACUACGCUAUUGCAGUUGUUAAUGAAUCAGAUAUGAUUUAUUUAACCAAGUUUAACAAUCCAAGGAGGAAAGUUAAUUAAAAUGCCAAAAGAGUAAUGAAAUAAAUAUAAUUAACAUCCAAACAAACUAAAGGAGAUUCUGAAAAAUGAAGGCCAUAGUGCUCACAAGACCACCACCUUCUUCUUCUUCAACGUGCUUCCUUCACAGUACCAACUCCACUCUCUCUUUCAAAUUUCUCUCAAAUUCAAGCAAUUUGGCCAAUAAGAGAAAUUUGGCCAAGUCGUUGCAUUCUGCAACUAUGGAAAGUGGUUCCGUCUUUAAAGCUGAGGAAGCUAGGGUUCCUGCAGCACUUCCUUUGCCUACUUCACCUGUAACCAAGUUCAAGAUUGCUCUUUGCCAAUUAUCUGUAACUACCUACAAGGAGAGAAACAUUGCUCAUGCUCAGCAGUCAAUAGAAGAUGCUGCAGACAAGGGUGCUCAGCUUAUUCUUCUCCCUGAAAUAUGGAAUAGUCCAUAUUCCAACGACAGUUUUCCAGUAUAUGCAGAGGACAUUGAUGCUGGUGGAGAUGCGUCUCCUUCAACUAGGAUGUUAUCUGAAGUUUCUCGGAGUCGAAAAGUUACAAUUAUUGGUGGCUCUAUACCUGAACGCAGUGAUGAUAAAUUAUAUAACAGUUGUUGUGUCUUUGGCACAGAUGGAAAGCUUUUAGCCAAGCAUAGGAAGAUACAUCUCUUUGACAUUGACAUUCCAGGGAAGAUGACUUUCAAAGAAUCAAGGACCCUAACAGCUGGAGCGAGACCUACUAUUGUAGACACAGAGGUUGGCCGUAUUGGUAUUGGUAUAUGCUAUGACAUUCGCUUCGAAGAACUAGCGGCUAUCUAUGCUGCAAGAGGUGCUCAUCUGCUUUGUUAUCCUGGCGCCUUUAACAUGACCACUGGACCACUGCAUUGGGAGUUGUUGCAACGGGCAAGGGCUGCAGAUUGCCAGUUGUAUGUAGCAACGUGUUCACCCGCCAGAGACAGUGGUUCUAGUUAUGUAGCUUGGGGACACUCCACUCUUGUUGGACCCUUUGGAGAAGUGCUCGUGACAACAGAACAUGAGGAGACUACACUAAUAGCAGAGAUUGAUUAUUCAGUAAUUGAGCAGAGAAGAACAUACCUUCCAUUUCAAAAACAAAGGCGAGGAGAUUUGUACCAGUUAGUUGAUGUUGAGAGAUUGAACUCCACAGGGGCCAACUGAGGUGCAUUCCUUGCUGCACCAGAACGAAAUAAUCUAUAAUUGAUCGGUGAUAAGAGAGUGCUCCAUUGAAUGGCUAAAAUGGCACGAUUUGCAUUUUGGUGCUUACGAUGAUCGCUGGUCAAUUAUAAGGCUCAUUUUUCUUCGCUAGCCCUUAGAUUUUGCCUGGAAUGAUGCACCAUUGUGAUGUGUGUGAAACUGCAAUAAAAGCUCAUUUUGUUUUAGAUUUCUUUUCUAGUUUUUCUUUUUGAUAAUAGAGAAAUACCCCGUGCGCUAGCUGGUCCAACCGUAGUUGGUGCACUGGUUUGCAACUCGGGUGAGCAUGGGCCCACCUCUCUACCCUUGUCCCAUAUAGAUACCAUGCUUUAGUCUUUUCUAGUUUCUUUUUUCGUUGGUUCAGUUGAAAUUUUGAUUAUCUGCCCUUUUUGGCUUUUAUCUCCCAUCAAGUGUAUUAUUGCAAAAUGUCAAACAUGCCUUCUACCAA